CUUCACUUCAAAUCACUGAGCAGAAGUAGGAACUUCUGAUGUAAUCAGUCCCAGAAAACCUUGCAAAGUGAAGUGCUUGGAAAAUAAAGUUAAACGAUAAUAGAGCAAAAUAUCACUAAUCAAGGAAAAUGACAGCUUCUGCUCAGAGGAAAGGUGAAUAUAAAACUCUACUGGUCACCACCAAGAACAAGAUCACAAAAAUAAUGUUGAAUCGCCCAGACAAAAAAAAUGCUAUUAAUCUUGUGAUGUACAGAGAAAUUAUGCAAGCACUUGAAGAAGCAGCCGAGGAUGAUUCCACCUUAAUCGUUAUAACAGGAUGUGGUGAUUACUUCUCUAGUGGGAAUGAUCUUUCCAAUUUUGGUGAAGAUUUGCUUGAGAUACUGAAAAAUAAUGGCAAUUGGCUGAGGAACUUUAUCAGUCAUUUUAUUGACUUUCCUAAGCCACUAAUAGCAGUCGUGAAUGGUCCUGCUGUUGGCAUCUCUGUCACUCUUCUUGGCCUGUUUGAUAUUGUAUAUGCUUCAGACAAGGCAGUGUUUCAGACCCCAUUCACCCAACUUGGUCAGUGUCCAGAAGGAUGCUCAAGUUACACCUUCCCUAAAAUAAUGGGUGCUGCAAAGGCGAAUGAGAUGCUUCUUUUCAACAAGAAGAUAACAGCAGAAGAAGCAUGCGCCCGUGGUCUUGUGACUGAGGUUUUUUCUGAUAGUGCUUUUCAGGGAGAAGUUUGGACAAGACUGAACGCAUAUGCAAAUCUCCCUAAGAAUUCUCUAGCCGUCUCCAAACAAUUAAUGAGAAGCGUGGAAAAAGAAAUCCUGCAUGCAGUUGCUUCACGAGAGUGUGACCAGCUUCUGGAAAGAUGCUUUUCAGAUGAGUGCAUUAAUGCCAUAAUGAGUUUCUUUCAGAAGAAGUCAAAAUUGUAAUCUCUAUUGAAUAACAUUUCUAUUGCCCAUAUAAAAUUUACAUUUAUAUUCUCUACAUAUUUUAGGUUUUUCUUGCACUCGAGUUAGGGAUGAUGUAUCAUAUGCAGUUUGAACAGCAAUACUUGGCAAUGUUUUUCUUCCCAAGGGUCUCACUGUUUACCUGGGCUAGUGUUACAUUCUGCAGUGCUGAUACUCUGCAACAGAAAGCUGUAUCUCAUAAAUACAGUCCUUAAGUGAAUAUAUCAUGCAUUAGUUACAAUGAUUUCAUGUAUGUC